AUGCUUGUCUAUGUUGACGAUAUCAUUAUCACUGGAAAUUCCCCUUCCUUGCUACAAAAAUUUGCCACUCAACUCAAUGCUACCUUUUCUCUUAAAGAUCUUGGCACUCUGGACUACUUCUUAGGCAUUGAAGUUAAAUCUCUCUCUCACGGAAAGUUGCUACUCUCCCAAGAUAAGUAUAUCACUAAUCUUCUUACUAAGGUCAAAAUGGAAGAUUCAAAAGGCAUCUCCACUCCUAUGAUUGGUGGCCAACAGCUUGCUAAAGGUGGUACUCUAUUUGAUGAUCCUACGUUGUACAGGUCCGUAGUUGGUGCAUUGCAGUAUGCCACAAUUACGCGGCCUGAAAUUGCCUUCAGUGUCAACAAGGUAAGUCAAUUCAUGUGCUCUCCCAUGGAAGAACAUUGGAAAGUUGUCAAACGUAUUCUUCGAUACCUAAAAGGAACUGUUGGUCAUGGACUUGUGUUCUUGCCUGCAAAGCACACUGCUCCCUUCAAUCUCACUGCCAUCACUGAUGCUGAUUGGGCGUCUGAUCCAAAUGACCGAAGAUCAACUUCAGCAGCAUGCAUCUAUCUUGGUCCUAAUCUUGUGUCUUAG